AGCUUGACCGGGGCCUGAUAGAGCCCCAGAUCCAGGUGAUCUGCAAACAGAUGCUGGAGGCCCUGGUCUACCUGCACAGCAUCAAGAUCAUCCACAGAGACCUGAAGGCCGGGAACAUCCUCCUCACACUGGAGGGAGACAUCAAGCUAGGUCAGUCUCUAUAUUCUCCCUCCACAAUGUUUUACCCAUAGAAUGUAUUCUUAUAGAACUCGGAGACCUGGUGUUUCCAGAAUGCUAGAACCAGUAUUCUACUUAUUGGGUUUAGAUUUCACAACUCUGAACCAUGCCACUUAAUCUUCCUCUAUGUUAUCCACAGUCUUAAACUAUUUGGACUAAUUCUCUCCAAUAAGCAACAGACUUCUCAUUGGACAUUGUAUAUUGGUCACGGUCGUCUUUGGAAAGAGUGGCUGUUAUCUUGUUGGACAGCAGAGCGUGAUGGGAAUGUUCACAAAAAUCACGUGAAUGUUACAAACACACAAUCAACCCAGUUAGAAAAAGUCCUUCCCUGAGGCAUCUCGGAAGUAUCAGAUGUGAGAUGCGUGGGAAAGCGGCAUUCGGAUAAAUUCUUCCUCAAUGCGAUUUAUAGCUAGUAUUCUGUUGAGUUUCAGUGUUCCUGAAGUUCUGUGAGCUGAGGAUUUGGGUCCAAACGGUCUCUCAGAUAUUUGUUGAAGCAACACUUGCCAAACAAUACGGCUGCUUUGUGGAGCCUAUAAUGGCUUUCUAAAUGUCAGUCUGAGAGAAAGGGAGGAACAGGGAAGAGAGCUGUACUGUACUCAAAGGGCUGCCCGAAAACUCAUGUGAACUUUUAAGGACCCCCUGGGAACUCCCGCUGUCAGUUACUUCUAACUCGCUGUCUGAACUUCAGACAGUCUGACUGAUUCCUCAUGUUACAAGGCCCUUUUCAAUGCCUUACAUAGUUUCACUAGGACAGACGCCUGAGCUUUUUUAUUUUUAUGACAGGGAGUUGCCUCUGUAAUCAUUAAAUCAGGCCACUAGGCUGCUGCUUUACCAAGAGCCUCUAACGGAAAGUUACCAAAAUAAGGCCGUGUACAGUAAGGUUCUUCUGGCCUGUCAUAUGAAGCUAGUCUGUUAUGCGUUUUGCCUAGAAGGCUUUUGAUUUAGAAUUUUGAUUUUCUCCUCAUGUACAGAGAAUAGAUACUCUUGGUGUCUGUUUACUCACACAGAUGGGGAAAGUUGAGUAUUUUCAUCCUAGUUCAUAGUGUUUUCCCAUUCUUUCAACCAUCAUUGAAAAGGAAUUGGCCCCUAAAGAAUUCCUCAAGGCCUAACAGAAAUCAGACACUAUACUUACCAAAGGGAAGUCUGAGUUUGUUUUAUGGAACAGUUAAAAGGUCAAGAAUGACUAAGCCGUCAUUGUAAAUAAGAAUUUGUUCUUAAUUGACUUGCCUAGUAAAUAAAGGUAGUAGUAAUAAUAAUAAUAAUAAUAAUAAUAAUAAUAACAAUAAUAAUAAUAAUAAUAAUAAUAAUAAUAUAAAAAAUAAAAAAGACUAGAAUCUGAACUGGAUACCUUUGCCAGCAUUGCCCUGGUCACAUCCCAGGUGGUCUCUGGUAAUAUCCUGAGAAAGACGCAUGUGCUGCUAAAGCAGAAAUAACAUCUCUGUAAGUGCUGGAUCAUGUCUGGGGAAAUGGAACGGUCGUUUGGGAUGUUAUGCCCUGUGCCGUAAAUUUAAUCAGGCAGCUUUGCGUCUCGCCUCAAUGACGUCAUGGCAGUUUUACGGUGUAGAAACACAUAUUCCUCCCCCAAAAUAAGAAAUGAGGUUAUAACACUGGCCUGUCAAUCAUUCACUCUACCAAGAAAUGGAAUUCUGAAACACAUUUAAACUUUUCUGUUUUCUUUGUGUGUCUAUGCUUGCAGCGGAUUUUGGCGUGUCAGCGAAAAAUACCAAAACCCUGCAAAGAAGGGACUCUUUUAUAGGAACACCAUACUGGUGAGUACAUACACAUGAAAACAACAGGUAAGGAGAAUGGGUAUCGCCCACUGCCAGUGAUUUUGUCCCAAAUGGCACCCUAUCGCGCUCUGGUCAAAAUGUGCAGGGAAUAGGGUGCUAUUUGGGACGCACACAGUCUUUAAUGGGAUAAUGGUCGUACUGCAUGACUAGAUGUCAAAAAUCUUCCUACUACCCAUGGCACCUAGUGAACCAGUUCUAUGUUCUGUUUUGAUCAUAGCUUUACAAGGCCCUUGGAAAAGCUCUAAUGUCUUAGUUUGAUUCUGGAUCUGGCUGGUCCGCCAAUAAGCAUGGUUCGGUUUAAGUUAACUGACCAGAGCAGGUUAUCCAAUGUCAUCUGGGAUAGCUUCUCACCCUGCCCAGGUGUUGCACAAUGUUCGAUAGCUUCAUAAAUUAGAUACAGAUGGGAUUUCACUCUGUGUAUUCUGCUGUGAAUGUGAAGCUUAACAGUGUACCAUUUCUCAAGAUUAUGGAACGUGUCACUUUUGAUGGUAAGCAAACACUGAAUACGCCUCUAUCUCCAGUACGUUAUUAUGCCUACUGUCCACUUGGUCAGUAAACAUAGCUGAAUCGAAAGUGUGUUGACAUGCAAAUAUUGGCUGUGAGCUUGGAAUGUGAACUAUUUACAACUGUGUACAAGUAUUUACACAUUUUGUAAUAAGCCAACGGCAGUAAACGUGAGGGACGUUUCAGAUGAAUCAUAUGAAACCUAAACAUUAACGUCACACUUUAUUUUCUUCUAAAAAAACACUAGAGGAAAUGUUCCACUAUAUUAGGGGUCCUCUAUUGUACUAUGUUGUAUUCUAGGAUGGCUCCGGAGGUGGUGAUGUGUGAGACCAUGAAGGACGCUCCGUAUGACUACAAGGCUGACAUCUGGUCCCUGGGCAUCACCCUCAUCGAGCUGGCCCAGAUCGAGCCCCCGCAUCAUGAACUCAACCCCAUGAGGGUCCUGCUGAAGAUAGCCAAGUCUGAGCCCCCUACCCUGGAGCAACCCAACAAGUGGUGAGACGGGGGAGAGAAGAGGGGUGGGGCCAGAGAAGGGGGAAGAGAGGUGGGGCCAGAGAAGGGGAGAGAGAGGUGGGGCCAGAGAAGGGGGGACAUAAGGAGAGCUGGGGGGGGGGGGGGAGAGCGAGGACAGAAAAGGGGGGUAGAGGUGGGGAGGAGGGGCAGUAGGUGGAAGAAGGGGAGAAAUGAGAGUGAGAGGGGGUGAGAGGUGGAUGAGAUGCGUAUGGAGAAAUGAGAGAGAGAGAGAGAGAGAGAGGGGGGGGGUGAGAGGUAAGGGGAGAUGGGUAUGGAGAAAUGAGAGAGAGAGGGAGAGAGGGGGGGGUGAGAGGUAAGGGGAGAUGGGUAUGGAGAAAUGAGAGAGAGAGAGGGAGAGAGGUGGAGGAGAGGGGUAUGGAGAAAAGAGGGAGAGAAGGGGGGAGAGGAGAGGUGGAGGAGAGGGGUAUGGAGAAAUGAGAGGAGAGAGGGGAGAGAGGUGGAGGAGAGGGGUAUGGAGAGAGAAGAGAGAGAGGUGGAGGAGAGGGUGUAUAGGAGAAAUGAGAGAGGUGGAGGAGAGAGGUGGAGGAGAGGGGUGGAAUGGAGAAAGGAGAGAGGUGGGGAGAGAGGUAUAUAGAGAAGAGAGAGGUGGGGGGAGAGGGGUAUGGAGAAUAGAGAGGUGAGGAGAGGGGUAUAGAGAAAUGAGAGAGAGGGGGAGAGAGGUGGAGGAGAGGGGUAUGGAGAAAUGAGAGAGGUGGAGGAGAGAGGUGGAGGAGAGGGGUAUGGAGAAAUGAGAGAGAGGGGGGGAGAGAGGUGGAGGAGAGGGGUAUGGAGAAAUGAGAGAGGUGGUAGGAGAGGAGUAUAGAGAAAUGAGAGAGAGGGGGGAGAGAAGUGGAGGAGAGGGGUAGGAGAAGAGAGAGAGAGAGGUGAGGAGAGGGUGGAGGAGAGGGUAUGGAGAAAUGAGAGAGAGGGGGAGGAGAGGUGGGGAGGAGAGGGGUAUGGAGAAAUGAGAGAGGUGGAGGAGAAGGGGAUGGAGAGAGGAGGAGAGAGGGGAGGAGAGAGGUGGAGGAGAGGGGUAUGAGAAAAUGAGAGGUGGAGGAGAGAGGUGGAGGAGAGGGGUAUGGAGAAAUGAGAGGGGGGGAGAGAGGUGGAGGAGAGGGGUAUGGAGAAAUGAGAGAGGUGGAGGAGAGGAGUAUAGAGAAAUGAGAGAGAGGGGGAGAGAGGUGGAGGAGAGGGGUAUGGAGAAAUGAGAAAGGUGGAGGAGAGAGGUGGAGGAGAGGGGUAUGGAGAAAUGAGAGAGAGAGAGAGAGGGAGAGAGGUGGAGGAGAGGGGUAUGGAGAAAUGAGGAGAGGUGGAGGAGAGGGGUAUGGAGAGAAAUGAGGAGGGAGAGGGGGGAGAGAGAGGGAGAGAGGGUAUGGAGAAUGAGAGAGGUGGAGGAGGAGGUAUAGGAAAUGAGGAGGUGGAGGAGAGAGGUGGAGGAGAGGGGUAUGGAGAAAUGAGAGAGAGGUGGAGGAGAGGGGUAUAGAGAAUGAGAGAGGUGGAGGAGAGGGGUAUGGAGAAAUGAGAGACGUGGAGGAGGGGGGUAAGAGAGAAUGAGAGAGAGGGGGAGAGAGGUGGAGGAGAGGGGUAUGGAGAAAUGAGGAGAGAGGUGGAGGAGAGGGGUUAGAGAAUGAGAGAGGUGGGAGGGAGGGGUAUGGAGAAUGAGAGACGUGGAGGAGAGGGGUAUAGAGAAAUGGAGAGAGAGGGGGAGAGAGGGUGAGGAGAGGGGUAUGGAGAAAUGAGAGAGGUGGAGGAGAGGGUGGAGGAGAGGGGUAUGAGAGAAAUGAGAGAGAGAGAGGGGGAGAGGGGUGGAGAGAGGGGGGAGAGGGAAAGAAAUGAGAGAGGUGGAGGAGGUUGAGGGAGAGGUGGAUGGGAGAGGGGUAUGGAGAAUGAGUGAGAGAGGGGGGUGGAGAGAGGGGUAUGGAGAAAUGAGAGGGGUGGAGGAGGGUAUGAUGAGAGGAGGGGGAGAGAGGUGGAGGAGAGGGGUAUGGAGAAAUGAGAGAGGGGGGUGGAGGAGAGAGGUGGAGGAGAGGGGUAUGGAGAAUGAGAGGUGGAGGAGGGUAUGUGAGAAUGAGAGAGGGGGAGGGGGAGAGAGGGUAUGGAGAAAUGAGAGAGAGGGGGGGGAGAGAGGUUGAGGGGAGAGGGGUAUGGGAAAUGAGAGAGGGGGGAGCGGGGAGAGGUGGGGGAGAGGGGUAUGGAGAAAGGGGGGUGGAUGAUGUAUAGGUCUACAUCUAUCCUCCACAAGCUGGUGAACACAGCACUAAGAGUGUGUAAAGCUGUGGCUUUUCUGAUCAGUUUUUAUGAGGCGGUGUGUUCCAUUGCUCAGCAGAUGCGAGAGCUAGGGCCUAAUCCCCCCACAGCCAACUGUGUACCGCAUUCCUGAAUCUGUUCUGUUCUAGCCUCAGACUGUGUCAUGAAGUUAUCUAGUGAAAAUAUCACCACCACCCCCUCAGUCCUUCUCAACUUCUCCCUUCUUUGAUUAAUGUUCCCGGCAUUCUGUGUGUUUUAAGGUCACAGGAUUUUAAGGAUUUCCUGAAAAAGUCGUUGGAUAAGAAUCCGGAGAGUCGGCCAAACGCCGCACAGCUCCUGGAGGUAAGCUAGCCUCAGACACACUUUACUGUUGUAUACCUCUGUCUCUGAUGUAUGAGGACGUUCCCCCUCUGUCCUUCUCUCACUAGUCACAGGUCCACCAUCUUACUGUUGUAUACCUCUGUCUCUGAUGUAUGAGGACGUUCCCCCUCUGUCCUUCUCUCACUAGUCACAGGUCCACCAUCUUACUGUUGUAUACCUCUGUCUCUGAUGUAUGAGGACGUUCCCCCUCUGUCCUUCUCUCACUAGUCACAGGUCCACCAUCUUACUGUUGUAUACCUCUGUCUCUGAUGUAUGAGGACGUUCCCCCUCUGUCCUUCUCUCACUAGUCACAGGUCCACCAUCUUACUGUUGUAUACCUCUGUCUCUGAUGUAUGAGGACGUUCCCCCUCUGUCCUUAUCUCACUAGUCACAGGUCCACCAUCUUAACCUCCCAAAACAUCAGCUGUUUCAGACACGAGGAAUGGUGACUUGAUACGAUAGGCAAAUGAGCAGUACCAUACAGAGGGCAUUGGGGAGAGGGUGCGAGAGGGAGAGGGAGAACGUGAAAGAGACGAAGCGUCUAUUAAAAUGCAUGAGCCACAGCUUCCUGUUUGGGUUCCACAGCAGAGGGGAAUGUCAGCAACUUGCAUUCCUGUUUCCAACGAAUGUCGCUUUGGGAUUUCUCCGUAUUCUCUCCACCCUUGCCAAUUACAGAGGCCCAAAGCCUGCUGGAAGUUUACAGAGGGAGAUGGGAGUGGUCGUGUUCAGUGCCAUACGGAAGGUUUUGAUCGCUAUCAUACUUAUGUUCCUAGCCCAGUUAAAUAGCAUUGAUGGCAAUAAGGCUCAUUGAACAGCAUUCAUCAGCAUCAUCUGUGACUCAUGACAUACAUCAGGGAUCAUCAACUAGAUUCAGUCGCUGGACAAUAUUUUUUAAUUUUUUCACAUGUAUCUAUCUAUUAUGCGUGGUAAUAAUUUGGAACAGAUUCGCCUCUAGGUGGUGAGGAUAGUCAACAACAUAUCUGCCGCGCUAACCCUCAACACGGGGGGGCCUCAGGGGUGUGUGCGUAGUCCUCUCCUGUACUCCCUGUUCAACCACGACUGUGUGGCCGCACACGACUCCAACAUAAUUGAAUUUGCUGACGACACGACGGUGGCAGGCCUGAACCCCGAUGACGAUGAGACAGCCUAUAGUUUAUCAGGGAAACAUCACAAUAGUGUUCGAUUUGGCUGCUGGGGGGGCAAGGAGACCCCUAGCUUCGCUCAAACCAUUGACAACUACGUGCUGUUUUGAAGGGAUUGUAAAUUAAUGUUAUAACUACAGUGGGGAAAAAAAGUAUUUAGUCAGCCACCAAUUGUGCAAGUUCUCCCACUUAAAAAGAUGAGAGAGGCCUGUAAUUUUCAUCAUAGGUACACGUCAACUAUGACAGACAAAUUGAGGAAAGAAAAUCCAGAAAAUCACAUUGUAGAAUUUUUAAUGAAUUUAUUUGCAAAUUAUGGUGGAAAAUAAGUAUUUGGUCACCUACAAACAAGCAAGAUUUCUGGCUCUCACAGACCUGUAACUUCUUCUUUAAGAGGCUCCUCUGUCCUCCACUCGUUACCUGUAUUAAUGGCACCUGUUUGAACUUGUUAUCAGUAUAAAAUACACCUGUCCACAACCUCAAACAGUCACACUCCAAACUCCACUAUGGCCAAGACCAAAGAGCUGUCAAAGGACACCAGAAACAAAAUUGUAGACCUGCACCAGGCUGGGAAGACUGAAUCUGCAAUAGGUAAGCAGCUUGGUUUGAAGAAAUCAACUGUGGGAGCAAUUAUUAGGAAAUGGAAGACAUACAAGACCACUGAUAAUCUCCCUCGAUCUGAGGCUCCACGCAAGAUCUCACCCCGUGGGGUCAAAAUAAUCACAAGAACGGUGAGCAAAAAUCCCAGAACCACACGGGGGGACCUAGUGAAUGACCUGCAGAGAGCUGGGACCAAAGUAACAAAGCCUACCAUCAGUAACACACUACGCCGCCAGGGACUCAAAUCCUGCAGUGCAAGACGUGUCCCCCUGCUUAAGCCAGUACAUGUCCAGGCCAGUCUGAAGUUUGCUAGAGUGCAUUUGGAUGAUCCAGAAGAGGAUUGGGAGAAUGUCAUAUGGUCAGAUGAAACCAAAAUAGAACUUUUUGGUAAAAACUCAACUCGUUGUGUUUGGAGGACAAAGAAUGCUGAGUUGCAUCCAAAGAACACCAUACCUACUGUGAAGCAUGGGGGUGGAAACAUCAUGCUUUGGGGCUGUUUUUCUGCAAAGGGACCAGGACGACUGAUCCGUGUAAAGGAAAGAAUGAAUGGGGCCAUGUAUCAUGAGAUUUUGAGUGAAAACCUCCUUCCAUCAGCAAGGGCAUUGAAGAUGAAACGUGGCUGGGUCUUUCAGCAUGACAAUGAUCCCAAACACACCGCCCGGGCAACGAAGGAGUGGCUUCGUAAGAAGCAUUUCAAGGUCCUGGAGUGGCCUAGCCAGUCUCCAGAUCUCAACCCCAUAGAAAAUCUUUGGAGGGAGUUGAAAGUCCGUGUUGCCCAGCGACAGCCCCAAAACAUCACUGCUCUAGAGGAGAUCUGCAUGGAGGAAUGGGCCAAAAUACCAGCAACAGUGUGUGAAAACCUUGUGAAGACUUACAGAAAACGUUUGACCCGUGUCAUUGCCAACAAAGGGUAUAUAACAAAGUAUUGAGAAACUUUUGUUAUUGACCAAAUACUUAUUUUCCACCAUAAUUUGAAAAUAAAUUCAUAAAAAAUCCUACAAUGUGAUUUUCUGGAUUUUUUUUUCUCAUUUUGUCUGUCAUAGUUGACGUGUACCUAUGAUGAAAAUUACAGGCCUCUCUCAUCUUUUUAAGUGGGAGAACUUGCACAAUUGGUGGCUGACUAAAUACUUUUUUCCCCCACUGUAUUUGGUUUUAAUAUCAUCCCCUCUUGAAGAGCAUAGUCAGAACGACACAUUUCAAAUGAUUCCACAUUUAGCUCCAUCAUCAGUUUUAUACAGCAAUCAGUAAACCUCAAUUUAGCAUGUAUUUUCGUAUACAUGUGAGGGCAGCCAGAUCCAUUUGGCAUGUAGCUAGCUUGCUAAUGCAAACAAGGUGUCAUUUAGCUUGCUUCAUCAGGGAUUAGGCUUUUGGAAAGGGCUCGACGUCGUCUGCUGAAGUUGUCAGUCGGACUUCUGUCAUCACUACUAUAGAUGGCAAGCAAAUCAAACAACAUUUGGAUACAGUCAUCUAGUUUAUCCCCUGUUAACUAGCCAUGUUGAAGUAAUCCACAUAACGAUUCACAUUUGCUGUUGCUGAAGGAUUAUUUUCCUGCUGUAGCAAACUGGCUCAAAUUUAAUAUCCUACAUCUGUAACAGUAGCAUUACAUGGGCAAAUGCAUCCUUCUGUUGCUUAAUUCCCCUACUGUCACGUAUCUGAAAUUACAUGAUCAAUGGAUGUUUACCGAUCAUUAAAAUCAUGCAUUUACUUGCUGUAGGCCUAUAACGCUGAUGGAGCUGCUGUUUUGCAUGGAAUUAUCGAAAAUGUGUAGUUCUGACUAUGCUCUUCAAGAGCUGAUGAUAUUACAACUAAAUAAUUAAAAUGUAUUUAACAAUCCCUUGAAAACGGCACGCAGUUGUCAGUGGUUUUAGCGGAGCUGCGGGUCUCCUUGCCACCCAGCAGGAAAAUCGAACGCUCUGCACCUAAAAGAUUUGGCAUGGGCCCUCAGAUCCUCAAAAAGUUAUACAGCUGCACCAUUGAGUGCAUCUUGACAGGCUACAUCACAACUUGGUAUGGCUAUAAGGUGAAUGCACCAAUUUGUAAGUCGCUCUGGAUAAGAGCGUCUGCUAAAUGACGUAAAUGUAAUGUAAAUGUAUGGCAACAGCUUGGCAUCAGACAGUAAGAAGCUACAGAGGGUAGUGCGUACGGCCCAGUACAUCACUUGGGCUGAGCUCCCUGCCAUACAGGACCUCUAUACCAGGCAGUGUCAGAGGAAGGCCCUAAAAAUUCUGACUCCAGCCAUCCAAGUCAUAAACCGUUUUUCUCUGCUACCGCACGGCAAGUGGUACCGGAGCACAAAGUCUGGGACCAAAAGGCUCCUGAACAGCUUCUACCCCCAAGCCAUAAGACUGCUGGACAGUUAAUCAAAUGGCUACCCUGACUACUUUCCUUGACCCCCCCUCUUUAUUUGCACUGACUCUCUUGCACUGGCUCUAUGCACACUCACUGGACUCUACCCACACACUCACAUAUACUUCACUGAUUCUCCUACUCCGAGCUGCUGGGGCUGUGGUGUGAUGGGUUGAAUCAACAGAAUUACCACCAUUAUACUACCACCCUCUGCCAGAAAAUGACUUUUCAGCUCAGCAGAAACCAAGCUUGUGGUUUUUAUAACAGUUAUAGAGGGGUAGCUUGUACCGUGUACCCAGGAAGUGAUGAUGUGUUGUUUUUAGAAUCAUUUCUGUUGGACAUCCAGUGAGGAAGUCCAUAAGUCUUAGUGAUGUUUUAAAAUGCUUCUCACUGUCUUACUUGAUACCCUAGUACAGCACUUUGCCUGGUGGUUGUUCUCCUGUCGCCUGUGUGAUAGCUGGCACUCUGCUCUCCCCUGACUCAUUGGUGACUUGAUUCAUUUUCUGUCAUUGGAGAAGUUAAAAGCUAUUGCUAAUGCUACCAGAGACUCAGGCAGCCCAGUGUGUCCCUUUCCUCUCACAUGCCUACCUGCGCCAGCUGGGCCAAUUAAAUUACCCAUGGUGCAAAUCACCUGAAUAAUGGAUGACUUGCUCUUAUAUCUUCGCUGCACUUACCUUCUCACAGCCUUGUUUGUGGCUGUCAAAUUAUCCCCUCUUAAACCGGCUCAUAUUUGUUCACUCUAAGUAAAUAAUUAUUCCAUUUUUAGCUCCGUCCAAUCUAGGAACUUAUUAUAAGCACAUGAGGAUUUCGGGUAAUAAACACUUCAAUGUUUCAUCAGGGUGAGCUCAUACCCUGGUCUCUGGUAUUCUUGCUAACCGCCAUGGGUCGAUGCAGGUGGCACAUUAAGUUUCUCCUUUCAGUCCCUUUUUCUUGUUUGCUUUCUAUGCCUCUGGUCACUGCUCUAUGUUCUAGGGUUGUAACUUGGUUGUCCUGACUCCCCCAGCACCCCUUUGUCUGCUCGGUGAAGACCAACAGACCCCUGCGAGAGCUGGUUGCCGAGGCGAAGGCUGAAGUCAUGGAGGAAAUGGAGGACAAUAGAGAGGAAGGAGAGGAGGAUGACACCGCUGAGCUCACAGUCCCAGUGGUAAGACUUUUACUGCUAACUCUCUACUGUCUUUUAUUUUAUUUUGUAUUUAACUAGGCAAGUCAGUUAAGAACAAAUUCUUAAUUACAAUGACGGCCUACACCGGCCAAACCCGGACGACGCUGGGCCAAUUGUGCGCCGCCCCAUGGGACUCCCAAUCACGGCCGGUUGUGAUACAGCCUGGAAUCGAACCAGGGACUGUAGUCACGCCUCUAGCACUGAGAUGCAGUGCCUUAGACCGCUGUGCCACUCCUCUUCCUCUGGGACUGUGUGUGUAUGUAUGUACGUGUGUACAGUACCAGUCAAAAGUUUGGACACACCUACUCAUUCAAGGGUUUUUCUUUAUUUUUACUAUUUUCUAAAUUGUAGAAUAAUAGUGAAGACAUCAAAACUAGGAAAUAACACAUAUGUAAUCAUGUAGUAACCCAAAAAGUGUUAAACAAAUCAAAAUAUAUUUUAUAUUCUUCAAAUAACCAACCUUUGCCUUGAUGACAGCUUUGUACAUUCUUGGCAUUCUCUCAACCAGCUUCACCUGGAAUGCUUUUCCAACAGUCUUGAAGGAGUUCCCACAUAUGCUGAGCACUUGUUGGCUGCUUUUCCUUCACUCUGCGGUCCGACUCAUCCCAAACCAUCUCAAUUGGGUUGAGGUCGGGGGAUUGUGGAGGCCAGGUCAUCUGAUGCAGCACUCCAUCACUCUUGGUAAAAUAGCCCUUACACAGCCUGGAGGUGUGUUGGGUCAUUGCCCUGCUAUAAAACAAAUGAUAGUCCCACUAAGCCCAAACCAGAUGGGAUGGCGUAUCGCUGCAGAAUGCUGUGGUAGCCAUGCUGGUUAAGUGUGCCUUGAAUUCUAAAUAAAUCACAGACAGCAAAGCACCCCCACACCAUAACACCUCCUCCUCCAUGCUUUACGGUGAGAAAUACACAUGCGGAGAUCAUCCGUUCACCCACACCGCGUCUCACAAAGACACGGCGGUUGGAAACAAAAAUCUCUAAUUUGGACUCCAGACCAAAGGACACAAUUCCACAGGUCUUAAUGUCCAUUGCUCGUGUUUCUUGGCCCAAGCAAGUCUCUUCUUCUAAUUGCUGUCUUUUAGUAGUGGUUUCCUUUGCAGCAAUUCGACCAUGAAGGCAUGAUUCACACAGUCUCCUCUGAACAGUUUUGUAUUUGUAUUUAUUAGGGAUCCCCAUUAGCUGCUGCCAAGGCAGCAGCUACUCUUCCUGUGGUCCAAACAUAUUAAAGCACUUACAUUACAUAUAAAACGUACAUCAUAUGACAUUAUUACACCACUACCUAUCUACAAUACAAAAUGUUUAAUACCACCAUACAACAAUAUCACAAUGUGUGCGUAUGCAUGUGUCUAUACCCUUGUGUGUUGAUGUUGAGAUGUGUCUGUUACUUGAACUCCGUGAAGCAUUUAUUUGGGCUGCAAUUUCUGAGGCUGAUAACUCUAAUGAACUUAUCCUCUGCAGCAGAGGUAACUUUGGGUCUUCCAUUCCUGUGGCAGUCCUCAUGAGAGCCAGUUUCAUCAUAGUGCUUGAUGGUUUUUGCGACUGCACUUGAAGAAACUUUCAAGGUUCUUGAAAUGUUCCAUAUUGACUGAACUUCAUGUCUUAAAGUAAUGAUGGACUGUUGUUUCUCUUUGCUUAUUUGAGCUGUUCUUGCCAUAAUAUGGACUUGGUAUUUUACCAAAUAGGGCUAUCUUCUGUAUACCCCCCUACCUUGUCAUAACACAACUGAUUUGGCUCAAACGCUUUAAGAAAUUCCACAAAUUAAUAUAUAUACAGUGGGGAGAACAAGUAUUUGAUACACUGCAGAUUUUGCAGGUUUUCCUACUUACAAAGCAUGUAGAGGUCUGUAAUUUUUAUCAUAGGUACACUUGUAUGAUUAAGUAAUUAGUUUGCAUUUUAUUGCAUGACAUAAGUAUUUGAUACAUCAGAAAAGCAGAACUUAAUAUUUGGUACAGAAACCUUUGUUUGCAAUUACAGAGAUCAUACGUUUCCUGUAGGUCUUGACCAGGUUUGCACACACUGCAGCAGGGAUUUUGGCCCACUCCUCCAUACAGACCUUCUCCAGAUCCUUCAGGUUUCGGGGCUGUCGCUGGGCAAUACGGACUUUCAGCUCCCUCCAAAGAUGUUCUAUUGGGUUCAGGUCUGGAGACUGGCUAGUCUACUCCAGGACCUUGAGAUGCUUCUUACGGAGCCACUCCUUAGUUGCCCUGGCUGUGUUUCAAUGCUCUUUCUGAGGGAAGAUCUCUCGAUACAUGGCCCCAUCCAUCCUCCCCUCAAUACGGUGCAGUCGUCCUGUCCCCUUUGCAGUAAAGCAUCCCCAAAGAAUGAGGUUUCCACCUCCAUGCUUCACGGUUGGGAUGGUGUUCUUGGGGUUGUACUCAUCCUUCUUCCUCCAAACACGGCGAGUGGAGUUUAGACCAAAAAGCUCUGUUUUUGUCUCAUCAGACCACAUGACCUUCUCCCAUUCCUCCUCUGGAUCAUCCAGAUGGUCAUUGGCAAACUUCAGACGGGCCUGGACAUGCGCUGGCUUGAGCAGGGGGACCUUGCGUGCGCUGCAGGAUUUUAAUCCAUGACGGCGUAGUGUGUUAUUAAUGGUUUUCUUUGAGACUGUGGUCCCAGCUCUCUUGAGGUCAUUGACCAGGUCCUGCCGUGUAGUUCUGGGCUGAUCCCUCACCUUCCUCAUGAUCAUUGAUGCCCCACGAGGUGAGAUCUUGCAUGGAGCCCCAGACCGAGGGUGAUUGACCGUCAUCUUGAACUUCUUCCAUUUUCUAAUAAUUGCGCCAACAGUUGUUGCCUUCUCACCAAGCUGCUUGCCUAUUGUCCUGUAGCCCAUCCCAGCCUUGUGCAGGUCUACAAUUUUAUCCCUGAUGUCCUUACACAGCUCUCUGGUCUUGGCCAUUUGUGGAGAGGUUGGAGUCUGUUUGAUUGAGUGUGUGGACAGGUGUCUUUUAUACAGGUAACGAGUUCAAACAGGUGCAGUUAAUACAGGUAAUGAGUGGAGAACAGGAGGGCUUCUUAAAGAAAAACUAACGGGUCUGUGAGAACCGGAAUUCUUCCUGGUUGGUAGGUGAUCAAAUACUUAUGUCAUGAAAUAAAAUGCAAAUUAAUUAUUUAAAAAUCAUACAAUGUGAUUUUCUGGAUUUUUGUUUUAGAUUCCGUCUCUCACAGUUGAAGUGUACCUAUGAUAAAAAUUAGACCUCUACAUGCUUUGUAAGUAGGAAAACCUGCAAAAUUGGCAGUGUAUCAAAUACUUGUUCUCCCCACUGUGUGUGUGUGUGUGUGUGUGUGUGUGUGUGUGUGUGUAUAUAUAUAUAUAUAUAUAUAUAUACACACACACACACACACACACACACACACACACACACACACACACACACACACACACACACACACACUCUACCGGUCAAAAGUUUUAGAACACCUACUCAUUCAAGGGUUUUUCUUAAUUUUUACUAUUUUCUACAUUGUAGAAUAAUAGUGAAGACAUCAAAACGAUGAAAUAACACAUGGAAUCAUGUAGUAACCAAAAAAGUGUAAAACAAUUUUUUUUUAAAUUGUAUUUGAGAUUCUUCAAAUAGCCACCCCUUGCCUUGAUGACAGCUUUGCACACUCUUGGCAUUCUCUCAACCAGCUUCAUGAGGUAGUCACCUGGAAUGCAUUUCAAUUAACAGGUGUGCCUUUAAAGUUGAUUUGUGGAUUUUUUUUCCUACUUAAUGCAUUUGAGCCAAUCACUUGUGUUGUGACAAGGUGGGGGUGGGGGAUGGGGGGGGUGUACAGAAGAUAGCCCUAUUUUGUAAAAGACCAAGUCCAUAUUAUGGCAAGAACAGCUCAAAUAAGCAAAGAGAAACGACAGUCCAUCAUUACUUUAAGACACGAAGGUCAGUCAAUACGGAACAUUUCAAGAACUUUGAAAGUUUCUUCAAGUGCAGUCGCAAAAACCUUAAAGAGCUAUGAUGAAACUGGCUCUCAUGAGGACCGCCACAGGAAUGGAAAACCCAGAGUUACCUCUGCUGCAGAGGAUAAGUUCAUAAGAGUUAGCAGCCUCAGAAAUUGCAGCCCAAAUAAAUGAUUCACAGAGUUCAAGUAACAGGCACAUCUCAACAUCAAAUGUUCAGAGGAGACUGUGUGAAUCUGGCCUUCAUGGUCGAAUUGCUGCAAAGAAACCACUACUAAAGGACACCAAUAAAAGGAGACUUGCUUGCGCCAAGAAACACGAGCAAUGGACAUUAGACAGGUGGAAAUGUGUCCUUUGGUCUGGAGUCCAAAUUUUAGAUUUUUGGUUCCAACCGCCGUGUCUUUGUGAGACGCGGUGUGGGUGAAUGGAUGAUCUCCGCAUGUGUAUUUCCCACCGUAAAGCAUGGAGGAGGAGGUGUUAUGGUGUGAGGGUGCUUUGCUGGUGACACUGUCUGUGAUUUAUUUAGAAUUCAAGGCACACUUAACCAGCAUGGCUGACACAGCAUUCUGUAGCAAUACGCCAUCCCAUCUGGUUUGGGCUUAGUGGGACUAUCAUUUGUUUUUCAACAGGACAAUGACCCAACACACCUCCAGGCUGUGUAAGGGCUAUUUUACCAAGAAGGAAAGUGAUGGAGUACUGCAUCAGAUGACCUGGCCUCCACAAUCCCCCGACCUCAACCAAUUUGAGAUGGUUUGGGAUGAGUCGGACCGCAGUGAAGUAAAAGCAGCCAACAAGUGCUCAGCAUAUGUGGGAACUCCUUCAAGACUGUUGGAAAAGCAUUCCAGGUGAAGCUGGUUGAGAGAAUGCCAAGAGUGUACAAAGCUGUCAUCAAAGCAAAGGGUGACUAUUUGAAGAAUCUCAAAUAUAAAAUAUAUUUUGAUUUGUUUAACACUUUUUUUGGUUACUACAUGAUUCCAUAUGUGUUAUUUAAUAGUUUUGAUGUCUUCACUAUUAUUCUAUAAUGUAAAAAUAAAGAAAAACGAGAAAUUAGUAGGUGUGUCCAAACGUUUGACUGUCUUUAGAAUGCACUUUCAUGUCCAUUCAAAGCAAUUGUUUCCUAAAAUCCUUGUUUCAUGCUAGCCUUAUACAAUAGAUCUCAAAGUAGUUUGGAUUAUUCAACCAAGAAUGAGUCUCAUUACCAAUCAUAAUGGGAGUGAAAUGAAAGGAUGGCAUGUGUAGCAAAGUGUCAUUUUAAUGUCUAUGUACAAUUAUAGCUGUAUUGAAUUACAGUACAUCAACUGUUGGCAGUUUCUAUGUAUGGUGACUUUUCUUUUGAUAGUUUCUGCUAGCACGCCCCCAAACCCCAGAAUCUGCAGCUUCCUGUGCACCAGCGUGUGUGGUCUAGCGUCUGACUGAGCAGGGAAGGUGGUCAGAACAGCACUCACUAAAGUGUGGGGGUGUGUCUGUGGUGUUAUGAGUACAAACACUGAGAUGGGGCGGAGGACCCACACGCACAUACAUACACACACACACUGAGAUGAUAGAACACAAACACACACAAACUCAAGCACAUUCUGCAUACGCUGAUAGUCGCACACUGCCGGGGCGACCUUGAACCCCCCCAUACCCCCCCCCCCCCCCUCCCAAAACUGCCGCUAUGUCCAUGAUGAGGACUCUAUGUAUGGUCUUUCUAUUAUUCAAACACUAAAAGGCAGUUUCUUACACAAAGAUUGUUUUGGCUACUCUUAGCUCCUCCGUAUAUCAGCUGUCUGUCUUGUCUUCUAGCCUUAUCGCUGCUGCUGACACAGCCAGAGAUCAGGACACAGUCCAAAUUGCUUUCACCUCACAAACAGAAACCCCCUGCCCCAGUGGGAAACGAAAGGCCUGAGAGUGCACCUUUCAGGAAACCUUAAUCCUCCUUCACAUACACACACGCAUGCACACACACUGGCAGGAACCCACAGCAUGUGUAUUAGCGGUAAACAGCCAUCUCAGGGUCUGGGGCCUCAUUUAUCAAAGGUGCGUGCACACAAUAAAUACUCUAAAUCUUGCGUGCGCCAGUUUUCCUGCAAAGGUUGGUAUUUAUACAUUUUGAACUCGAUGGGAAAGUGUGUAUCUCCACACACAUUCUCAGACCAUGCGCAUGCGCAACUCCUAGUGGUUGAUCAACUGUAUUGCAAGCAAAUAUUGUUAUUUUGGCAGAAAGGGAGGUGUUUGACGCACAGGAAUUAUAAUAAUGGUAGGUUAAUAACAUUUAAAACGUCUAGGCCUAAUGAUAAAAUAGAUGCAUUUUCUGUUGGUUAGAAGAUCGCAUACCCAGUUUGCAUUGCAGCAUGUUGCGUAAUAUAUUCAACUUUUAUUUAAUUAGCCUAAAUCCUAAUCAUAUUGCAGGGUAUGUCUCUCCUUUUCUGACAUGACUGGUAUAUUCCUGCUACACAACAAAUAUUAGGCUACCAUUUAUCCAUCACUCAUUCAAUAGCUAACCAUGCUCGAAAGUAGACUGGUAGCCUAUGACAGUAUGGGUAGGCUACAUGGGUAGGCUACAGUAUUGCUUUGUGAUAGGAGCAUGGCAUAAUAGCCUAUUUAAUCUGAGCCUAUACCAAGGCAGGAGAUAGCUUGAUAAAUCACAAUAAUUUGUUGCACACGCAAAUCCUAGAAUCUCCACAUACGCCAGAAUUUAGUAAGAAAUGUACGCACGGUUGAUAAAUGACCCCUCCUGGAGAGCUGCCAGCCAGUUCUUUCUGGUAUUAAUAGCUGUAGAUCAUUUCUCCAGUUGUGUUAAGAGGAGCCAUUCGAAAGGCUGGCAGCAGUCGUAAAGGUGGCUGAUGACAUUGUUUGCUUAAUGCUCCAAGACAGCUCUCUGCACGUGAACCACGGGACAUCAACAGGAUCUGCACCUCUGUAAUUAUUACUGUGUGUUAUUACGGAGUACAUACUUAUCUCAGGUUCUCAGAGCAGAGCAAAGGUGGGACGUGAUGUAGGUAGGAGUUUAAACAGGAAUAACUGCAUUCCUCCAGACAGUACCACUAAAGGUCAACACCAGCUUUCUACUGCAAUAUGAAGCGAAGGGACUUUAAGACCAUUAGGCAUUAAGGCUGCGUCCAUUUCAUUUGGCUCAUAUUAGAGCGAUCACUUUCAACAUUGGCACUGAAGGUGCUGCUGACAGCCUUGCAUAACAAUGAAUUUCUUCUCCUUUCCUCUCUUCUCCCCAGUCUCCAGGCAAGGACCCGACUCAGACCAGUCUAGAAGGGGACCAACCCACAGACACACCCUCCAAAGCCCCUGUGGUGGACGAGGCCAAACCCCCCCUAAGACCGCCCCACAAGGUCGGUGACCAGCUGAUGGACCGACAGCUCCCCGACGAUGGCAUCAGCAUCGUGGACUCAGACAUGCCCGAGAGCGAGACCUCUGGCAAGACCGCCUCCGACUCGGGCAUCGAGGAUGGGAAGAGCACCCCCACCUCAGACGAGGGCAAGCCCGUGGACACCCCCGAGACCGAGAACCCACCCCUGCUGGCACAGCCCAAGGUGGGAGAGGUACCAGAGAUACCCCAAAGCCAGGAGGAGGGCAGCAGCAGCACCACCACCCCAGACACCACACCUCUGAUCGGGCUGAAAGGGAGCUUGAGGGGGGGGCCUCCGGAGAGGGCCUCUAUAGGGGCCGACAUGGAGAACCUGAUGCCCCACCACAAUGGCAAUGACAGAAUUUCCAAGAGGUACUCUGACGCGGGAAGCAUGUCUACCUCUGAGAGCAUGGACAUCAGCCUCAACCUGUCAGGAGACAUGUCAGUCAACAAGGAUGAUGGAUCCCUCUCCUCCAGGGUGGUGAGUAACCCCAUGUCUAAUGUCACAAUUCCGUUCAAAGAUUUAUCCAAGUCUUUUACCAAAAAGUCUCAGACUUUUAAACUUUUGUAUGAUUAUUUUCACCUCCAUGGCCAGGCUCCAGUAGCUUACUGAGCCGUGGCCUUGGCGUACCUGCUCUGACUUGGGGCGAGACCCCUGGGACUUUCCUGGCCGGCAUUUUACAUAACAAUGGCUACCUGUGGACAUUGUUAACACCUUCUCACAAAGCAACUGUUUUGUGUAGAAUUGCAGGAAAUUAGCUGUGCCAAUUUUGCUCUGCGCCCCAUUUUGCUCUGUGCUUCAUGGCAAAAUGAGUAGAAUUGCAGCAAACUUGCAGAUGGGCAACCCGAUGCUUCAGCCCCAUGCUUCAGCCCCAUGCUUCAGCCCCAUGCUUCAGCCUAUUUAUUUAAAGCCGCUAUGCGGCAUCAGUUGGUCUACAGGUUAUUAUGCUUUUAAAGGGGAAUUUUAUAUUUCAGAUGGUGUCAACAUAAUUUACUUUUCAUUCAUUUUAAAGUAGAAUGUCCUUUCCAGAAGUGACCUUUCCAUAGUCAUUCUACAAAACAAUCUCACCAGGGUGCCCUGACCCAAAUUCAAAUAGAAAUGUGUGUUAUAGAUCUGUAAUUCUCAUUGAAAGCAAGUCUAAGAAACUAUUUCUAUGCUUCCCAUUCUUAAGUUUCGUUUUUGCGUCUUUUACUUUCGGUUUUGUACAGCAGCUGAAAACAAUAUUUUUGGUUAUGGAAAAUAUAUUUCACAACGGUUUACAUGGUACAAUGAUUCUCUACACUAUACUUGCUUGUUUUGUCACAUAAACUGAAAUUAAGCAAACUAUUAGAAUUUUUGCAACCAGGAAAUGGCGGAGUGGUUUCUGCAUAGUGCAUCUUUAAAGCGGCAAUCAGCGAUUUGAAACAAUAACAAAGCGUACUGCCUGCCCUGUUUCGGUAAAUAGUUGAGGGAUGGGGCUCAUAGACAGAGCUAUGGAUGCAAGGACUGAUCAUCCAUGAUAUAAAAGUUAUAGGUUUAACCAUGUUUUGAGGCUACAGUGUUUGUUUGCAUUUACUUUCUUUAUAAAAGCUUAUAUUUUGGGUUCUGAUGGGGUAGGACAGUUGAACUAAGCUCAUGAGGCAUUUAUAUGUUAUAUUCUUCAAGAAUCAGUGGGUACAUAUAAUUCAUUUAUAAGUCCAAAAAUGGAUGUAGCAACUGCAGAUUGCCCCUUUAAACUAUCCAUAACCUACAUUCAUCCAUUUUGGAUCUUGUCAAUCAGUCGAACUCCACCGACUACAAGCUGAUAUUUUUAAGUUUUCUGAAAAAAAGCUGCAUUUCUAGAAAAAGAGUAUCUGAGAUGGAAUCAGACUACUGUUCUCUGGGAAAUGGACACAUCCAUCCUUUAAUGCCAAAUCUGUUUGAACUAAUGCGACUCCAUUUUCCUUUCAUUAUGACCAAUGCUUUAUUCAGCAUUCAGAAUUGUGGACGUUGAUCCAAUACGGCCAUUGUUGCCGGGGGAGCUUCUGGUUGUUUAUGGACUGACCAUCACUGGAGUUCUAUUCAUUGUUGGACUUGUGUUCUGUUUGAUAUGUAUUUUUUCCAGAGCAGUUUAUUUGCCACUCGGCUAGAUGAAUGGGAUUUUUGUGUUAGGCCCAGAAACAGUAAGUGUGAGGCUGUGUACAGGAGAGAUGGGUAGGGCAGGGGGACCAGGGGUUUAUGAAUGGAGAUGUAUGAGAGAACCCAGAUCACAGGGAGGGAGGCUAGAGCCAAAAUGAGGGGCCCCAGCUGAUCUGCUGCUGCAGUACAGACCCCUGGGCCCUCUGAGCAUAUUGGAUGUGUGCUCACUUGUUCACAUACAUACGCACAGUGUGUACACACACACACACACACACACACACACACACACACACACACAGAUGUGUCAUCGCACACAGUGUCUCUGUCAAAGGUUUAGAAGAAUGGCUACAGCAGGACAUGUUUACUUCUCUGGUGAGAGACGUAGAGAGAACAGAGUUUGUUUAGCUGGCCCUACACACUUUCACUUUUCAUUUUACAUUUUUUGUCAUUUAGCAGACGCUCUUAUCCAGAGCUACUUACAGUUAGUGAGUGCAUACAUUUUUCAUACUGGCCCCCCGUGGGAAUCGAACCCACAACCCUGGCGUUGCAAGCGCCAUGCUCUACCAACUGAGCUACAGGAUUAUUAUUAUUUCCACUAAGAACUUUGAAAGGGCCCUUUAAUGUAGCCUUGUGUCACCCAGGGUCGUGCUACUCUUCCUGGGCAGAGACAGGAGUGGGUCUGGCCCAGUGACCCAGUAAGAACCAGUGUGUGGAGCCUGUCUCUCACUGUACUGGGGGUUGAUAGAGCUCUGUCAGAGAGAAUCUCACUUCCUGCUUGGCUCCCCCUCCCUGUGCAGCAGAGCAGCGUGAUUAAAGAGGAACCUGCCCAGCAGGAUCACAGUCUUACACAAGUACUGCUCUUUCCUGUCAACUGGCAGGAACUGGUACAGUGUUCUCCAUACAACCCCCUUCUCCUUUAAAGAAACUAGUGUGUUGUCCUCAUGUAUCAUGGAUAAGAAACAAAACAUGAAGCAGACUUUAUUUCCUGAUUUUAAAAACAAUCCUAACGGUUUAAACAACACUGCUGCAGUCAGUCACCCAAUUGUGAUACUGUAUUUUUACACUAAACACACACUGUGCCCCACCCUAUAGUGCCCUCUUAAUCUCUCUCCCUCACUCACUCACUCACUCACUCACUCACUCACUCACUCUAUUCUAUUCAAGGGGCUGUAUUGGCCAUGGGAAACAUGUGUUAACAUUGCCAAGCAAGGGAAAUGGAUAAACAAAAGUGAAAUAAACAAAAAGUGAACAGUAAAUAUUACUCACACGUUCCAAAAGAAUAGACACAUUUCAAAUGUCAUUAUGUCUAUAUACAGUGUUUGUAACGAUGUGCAAAUAGUUAAAGUACUCUCUCCCCCCCCCCCCCCCCCCCCCCCCCCCAGGACUCUCGCUUCUCCAAUAAGACAUUGAAGCGCACCAGGAAGUUUGUCAUCGACGGCGUACAGGUCAGUGUGACCACGUCCAAGAUCAUCAGCGACGAUGAGAAGAAAGAUGAAGAGAUGAGGUUUCUCAGGCAAGUCUCACUGCUUCCUGGAAAAGCCUUUAUUGUUUUCUCGCUGAAUCAAGUUCAGGAAAAAGGGCCGGGUCUAGCCCGUCUCUCUGUAUAAAACAGGAUCUCUGGUACACUGAGAGUUGAGUGCCUGGGCCGUGUUCGGAUGUCACUAAUGUCAAGACUAUUUGGGGCAUCCUAGUCUGAUCUUUUCCCUUUUGAGAUCAGUGCACAAAUACACAAGAGGAGCUUUGUAAAAGCAGCAAGCGGCUAAACUUCAUCUGAAAAGAAUGAUGGAAAGCUGGAAAAUGAGAAAUGUCCAUAGAUGAGACAAUGGCCACAUUUAGAUCAGUGUGAGUCAUGUGUGAACAACAUGGCAUGGAACAUACUAUAUUCCUUAGUGAUAAGGAAGGAUUGUGAUAAGUUCCAAACAGUGAUAAGAUAUUUAGUUUACCAGUAAACACAAUGUAUACCAGUCACUGGUUUUAUUUGGGACAAAUAUUUCACUAUUUCGUAUUACUAUUAUGACUCCCUAAAUCCCCCCCAGUCGACGACAAAUAGUUCAUCUAGAAAUUUAAGGGUUUACAAUCAAGAGUCCAGUGUUCUGAACAGUCAUUUACCCUGACACACUGCAUGGUUUGAAGAACUGGAGCCAGUAGCCUAGUGUUCUCAACGCCAUCUAGUGGUGAUAAUGUGACACCACACCCUGUGUUGGUUCAUCAGUUCAGUCUAUGGUUGAGACACUGUGUCAGACUAGUGAUGACUCACACUUACUAUCUGGUAGUCAGAUUCCUCUCAUCUGUAAGCUCUCUGUGUGUUGUCAUCGUGAUGGAGGGAGCAAUGUUCUCUGUGUUGUCAUCGUGAAGGAGGGAGCAAUGUUCUCUGUGUGUUGUCAUCGUGAUGGAGGGAGCAAUGUUCUGUGUGUUGUCAUCGUGAUGGAGGGAGCAAUGUUCUGUGUGUUGUCAUCGUGAUGGAGGGAGCAAUGCUCUCUGUGUGUUGUCAUCGUGAUGGAGGGAGCAAUGUUCUCUGUGUGUUGUCAUCGUGAAGGAGGGAGCAAUGUUCUCUGUGUGUUGUCAUCGUGAUGGAGGGAGCAAUGCUCUCUGUGUGUUGUCAUCGUGAUGGAGGGAGCAAUGCUCUCUGUGUUGUCAUCGUGAUGGAGGGAGUAAUGCUCUCUGUGUGUUGUCAUCGUGAUGGAGGGAGCAAUGCUCUCUGUGUUGUCAUCGUGAUGGAGGGAGCAAUGCUCUCUGUGUUGUCAUCGUGAUGGAGGGAGCAAUGCUAUCCCCUGAACUCUCCUCUCCUCUUAUCUCAUGGAGAGAAUAUAUUCCCCAUUCUGUCUUGUCAUAUGAAAGAGGCUGUUGUGUCGUGGUGCUUCUAACUCCAAGUCUUUUUAGGUAACUGUCAAAGUAUGUGAAGUUCAAGACCUAUGACAGUAAGAAUAUUAUAACUUAUAUUUGAACUGUUUGUGUGUGUGUGUAUGUGUCUCGUGUGUGCAGGCGUCAGGAGCUGCGGGACCUGCGUCUGCUGCAGAAGGAGGAGCACCGUGCUCAGGCGUUACUCAACACCAAGCUGGACGCUCAGAAAGAGCAAAUGCAGCGACGCUUCGACCAUGAGAUGAACGUAGGUCUACACUCUCUCACACACACACACACACACACACACACACACACACAUACAUACGGACACACAUACAUACGGAUGCACACACACACACACGGACGCACACACACGCACACACACACGGACGCACACACACACACACGGACACACACAUAUGGACGCACACACACAUGGACACGCGCACACACACACACACACACACGAUUUGCCCACCCACCCCUCAUUUAGUGUUUGGGCUGAUAGAGGCCUUUAGCACACACCAUGGUCUUCCUUUAUCUACCACCACGAAUGGAAGAAAUACCAGAUGUCCUCCUUCCUCCAUCCAUACCAACACCAUGAUAUUAUCUCUCUUACUCUGUUUAUUGAAGGAGGGACUCCCUGAGUUCACACUAACACCCACACACUCCUGUCACAUCAACCUGUCCCUCUGUCAUGUCACAUCAACCUCCCUCUGCCAUGUCAUAUCAACCUCCCUCUGCCAUGUCAUAUCAACCUCCCUCUGUCAUGUCAUAUCAACCUCCCUCUGUCAUGUCAUAUCAACCUCCCUCUGUCAUGUCACAUCAACCUCCCUCUGUCAUGUCAUAUCAACCUCCCUCUGUCAUGUCAUAUCAGUCUCCCUCUGUCAUGUCAUAUCAGUCUCCCUCUGUCAUGUCAUAUCAGUCUCCCUCUGUCAUGUCGACCUCCCGUUGGAGCUGUCUGAGGGAAUCCUUUUUCUACAUCCCUUCCCCUCGUCAAGAGAAAUAUGUCGAAGAAAACCUCCCACAUGUCAUGUCUGUCAAUGAACAAAUAAGUAACAUAAAAAUCUGUCAAUGAACCCUUGAGCAAGGCACUUAACCCUAAUUGCUCCAGGGUCGCCGUUGAUAAUGGCAGACCCUGGUGGGGGGAUUGGGAUAUGCAAAAAACACAUUUCCAAUUUACACAUGCAUGUAAUAUACACAUGAAAUAGGACGAAUAUAAGCACCCACCAAAUAAUAAUAAUAAUAAUUAUUAUUAAAUAGGGGAUAUUAUCUCUGAUACCCUUUUUUGACAUUUUCCAAAUUAUAUACAAAGAAAAAUUACAUUCUACUUUUUCCACAGUAACCUCUCCUUCCCUCUCCAGCUCAAACUCCUUCCAGCCCAUCUGGAUGACCAGGAUCAUGGCUACUUAUGAUAUAAAGAUGGGUUUAUUUCAUGGUGAACAUGUUUAAUUCCUUCUCUGCUCCUCCCAGGUGAAGAAGAAGAACUAUGACACGGAGCUGGAGAGCCUGGAGAAAAACCAGAAGCAGACCAUCGAGAAAAUGGAGACGGACCACGCUGUGAGGCUCAGGGAUGAGACCAAACGCAUCCGCUCCGAACAGGACCACGACUACACCAAGUUCCAGGAGCAGAUGAAGCACAAGAAGAAGGAGGUGAGAGGAGAGGGAGGGGAGAGAGGGAUGAGGGAGAGAGGAUGAGGAGAGAGAGGAUAGGGAGAGAUGGUGAGGAUAGGGGAGGGGGGAGGGGGGGAAGGAGGGAGGAGGGAGAGGGGGGGGGAGAGGGAGGGGAGGGGAGAGGGAGGGAGGAGGGGGGAGGGGAGGGAGGAGAGGGUGGGAGGGAAGGGGGGGGAGGGAGUGGCGAGGGCGGGGGAGGGAGAGAGGGGUGGGGGAGGGGAGUGGGAGAGGGAGGGGAGGGAGGUGAGAGAGAGGGGAUGCAGGGAGGGGAGGGAUGGAGGGGGGAGGGUGGGGGGAGGGAGUGAGGGGAGGGAGGAGGAGGGUAGGAGUGAGGGGGGGGAGAGGGAGGGAGGAGGAGGGUGGGGGGGAGGGUGAGAGGGAGAGGGGAGAGGGAGGAGGGGGAGAGAGGGUCGGACAGAGGGUGGGGGAAAGGGAGGGAGGGUGAGGGGGGGGGUGGAGGGGGAGGGGGGAGAGAGGGGGAGAGAGAGGGAGGGGAGGGAGGGGGGAGGGAGGAGAGGGAGCGGGGAGGGAGAGAGAGAGGGGGGAGGGAGGCUGGAGAGGAGGGGGGGGAGGGAGAGACGAGGAGAGGGAGGGAGGGAGGGGGAGGGAGAGAGGGAGGGGGGGGAGGGAGGAGGGAGGGGAGGGGGGAGGGGAGAGAGGGGAGGAGGGGAGGCAGGGAGGGAGGGACUGUGUGGUGAGAGGAGGGAGAGGGGUGGUGAGGGAGGGAGAAGGAGGGGAGAGGGGGGAGGGAGGGAGGGGGAGAGGAGGGGGGGGAGGAGAGAGGGUAGGGAGGGAGGGUGAGGGGGGGGAGUAGAGGGUGGAGGGUGGGGAGGGAGGCGGAGGAGGGGGAGGAGAGGGGAGGGUUGGGAGGGUGGGAGAGAGGGAGGGAGGGGAGGGAGGGGGAGAGAGAGGGGAGGGAGGGGGAGAGAGAGGGGGGGGAGGGAGAGAGAGAGGGGGGGAGGGAGAGAGAGAGGGGGGGAGGGAGAGGGGAGAGGGGGAAUGAGUGUUUACACAUUUUACUAUACUUAAACCAACUAAAAUUCAGAGUAGUGUGGACUUCACUUGUAAAAAGGCUAUUUCUGGCGUAGGGGUUAGGGUUUGGGGAAAAUAGGAUUUUGAAUGGGAAUCAAUUGUUGCUCCCCAAAAAGUAAUCACAAGUAUAGUAAAACGUGUGAUGAGUAAAGAAAUGACAGAAGUAUUAAUAUUAAGUCCAUGGAUUUUACAAUCAUCUUUACAGGUGAAGAAUGAGGUUGAGAAGCUCCCCAGAAAGACACGGAAAGACGCCUUGAAACAGAGAAUGAACAGCUUUACACAGAUGAAGCAAACGGAGGUAAACAAAAGCUGUUUUCUUUCACUCUCACUGACCUCUAAAUCCAGUUCAAAUGCUAACGGUAGAUACAAGCUAUAAUCGCACAUUAACGUCUCAUCACUUCCUGUUUCCUGUGCUUCAGGAGCAGAACUUCCUGUCAGCCCAGAAGAACCACCUGGACACAACGCUGAAGAGCAUCAUCUCAGAAAACAAGAGGGAUAUCUCAGAGACGGAGAGGCAGUGUCUCGACAAGAAACAACACCUCAUCAGAGGUACAGCAUCAGACACGCUUGAUGUCUGGGUGCCAUCAACACUUAUCAGAAUGACAUUAGCUGCUCCUCUGAGAGGUGUCUAGUCAGAGCCCCUUCACAGGGAAGACAACUCCCUGAGAUCGGUUAAAGUACACCCUUGAUCUUCUGUUCAAGCCCUCUCCUCCUCAAUAACUUUUAACAGAUGUUUACUCAUUCAGAGUGAUUACACUCUCCCCUCACAUAGGUCAAUGUAAUAUCCCUCUUUCUCUUAUUUCAACUGCUUUCAAAAGUCUUAUCAUUCACUCUCUCUACGUUUUGUCCUCAGAAAGGGAAGCUACUAUCUGGGACCUAGAGGAGAAGAACCUUCAUGAGAAGCACCAGUUGCUGAAACAGCAGCUCAAAGACCAGUACUUCCUCCAACGCCACCAGCUGCUCAAGAAGCAUGAGAAGGUACAGUAUAGUAACCCUGUCAAGAAGCAUGAGAAGAUACAGUACAGUAACCCUGUCAAGAAGCAUGAGAAGGUACAGUACAGUAACCCUGUCAAGAAGCAUGAGAAGGUACAGUACAGUAACCCUGUCAAGAAGCAUGAGAAGGUACAGUACAGUAACCCUGUCAAGAAGCAUGAGAAGGUACAGUACAGUAACCCUGUCAAGAAGCAUGAGAAGAUACAGUACAGUAACCCUGUCAAGAAGCAUGAGAAGGUACAGUACAGUAACCCUGUCAAGAGCAUGAGAAGGUACAGUACAUAACCCUGUCAAGAAGCAUGAGAAGGUACGUACAGUAACCUGUCAAGAAGCAUGAGAAGGUACAGUACAGUACCCGUCAAGAAGCAUGAGAAGGUACAGUAACCUGUCAAGAAGCAUGAGAAGGUACAGUAACCCUGUCAAGAAGCAUGAGAAGGUUACAGUACAGUAACCCUGUCAAGAAGCGAUGAGAAGGUACAGUACAGUACCCUGUCAAGAAGCAUGAGAAGGUACAGUAACCCUGUCAGAAGCAUGCAAGGUACAGUAACCCUGUCAAGAAGCAUGAGAAGGUAAACAGUACAGUAACCUGUCAAGAGCUGAGAAGGUACAGUACAGUAACCCUGUCAAGAGCAUGAGAGGUACAGUACAGUAACCCUGUCAAGAAGCAUGAGAAGGUUCAGUACAGUAACCCUGUCAAGAAGCAUGAGAAAGGUACAGUACAGUAACCUGUCAAGAAGCAUGAGAAGGUACAGUAACCUGUCAAGAAGCAUGAGAAGGUACAGUACAGUAACCCUGUCAAGAAGCAUGAGAAGGUACAGUACAGUAACCCUGUCAAGAAGCAUGAGAAGGUACAGUACAGUAACCCUGUCAAGAAGCAUGAGAAGGUACAGUACAGUAACCCUGUCAAGAAGCAUGAGUACAGUACCUGUCAAGAAGCAUGAGAAGGUACACAAAAAAAGUUAAAACCCUGUCCAAGCAGCACAUGAGAAGGUACAGUUACGUAAACCCUGUCAAGAUAGCAUGAGAAGGGUACAGUACAGUAACCCUGUCAAGAAGCAUGAGAAGGUACAGUACAGUAACCCUGUCAAGAAGCAUGAGAAGGUACAGUAACCCUGUACCUAAAGCCUCAAAACAACCCCUGACCUUUGCAAAAUAAAUGUGUGUGCGCUUAUCCUCAUCCGUACCUAUGCUAUGACUGUCUCCCCAGGAACAAGAGCAGAUGCAGUGCUACAACCAGCGGAUGAUUGAGCUGCUGAAGGCCCGGCAGCAACAGGAGAAGGGCCGCAUGCCCAAGAUCCAGCGCAGCGAGGGCAAGACCCGCAUGGUCAUGUUCAAGAAGAGCCUCCGCAUCAACUCCACGGGUAGCGCCUCGGAGGACCGCGAGAAGAUCAAACAGGUACCAGACAACUACAGAACGGCUGGGUGGAGAGAGGGGGAAGACUGCGGUUGGAAAUGUAGGAAAAAAAUCAAACUGUUGAAGUGUAGCCAUAGGAUGGAGUCUAGUGUAGGUUAGAGGCAAGAAGAUAAAGCAGAUAAAGUUGAGUAAUGUGAUUAAGGCACCAGGGGGCAGCAGAACCAACCAGCCAGCCUGAUGAAUACCAACAGGAACACACACGAUACAGUACAGCUUUCCAACAAGUAAGUUCGUCAAAUCUCUGCCCUGCUAGAGCUGCCCCGGUCAACUGUAAGUGCUGUUAUUGUGAAGUGGUAGGCCACACAAGCGCACAGAACGGGACUGCCGAGUGCUGAAGCGCGUAGCGUUGGCUGGAGUGGUGUAAAGCUCGCCGCCAUUGGACUUUGGAGCAGUGGAAACGCUUUCUCUGAAGUGAUGAAUCACGCUUCACCAUCUGGCAGUCCAACGGACAAAUCUGGGUGAAGUAGGAAUAAUGGUCUGGGUCUGUUUUUCACAGUUCGGGCUAGGCCCCUUAGUUCCAGUGAAGGGAAAUCUUAACACUACAGCAUACAAUUACAUUCUAGAUGAUUCUGUGCUUCCAACUUUGUGGCAACAGUUUGGGGAAGGCCCUUUCCCGUUUCAGCAUAACAAUGCCCCCGUUCACAAAGCGAGGUCCAUACAGAAAUGGUUUGUUGAUAUCGGUGUGGAAGAACUUGACUGGCCUGCACAGAGCCCUGACCUCAACCCCAUCGAACAUCUUUAGGAUGAAUUGGAACGCUGACUGCGAGUCAGGCCUAAUCGCCCAACAUCAGUGUCCAACCUCACUAUUUGAAUGGAAGCAAGUCCCUGCAGCAAUGUUCCAACAUCUAGUGGAAAGCCUUCCCAGAAUAGUGGAGGCUGUUAUAGCAGCAAAGGGGGGACCAACUCCAUAUUAAUGCCUAUGAUUAUGGAAUGAGAUGUUCGACGAGCAGCUGUCCACAUACCUUUGGCCAUGUAGUGUUUAUCGUAUUCAUAUCACAGAACUGUAUCAGGCCUCAGUUGUGUAAACUAAUCUCUCAUCCCUCUGUCCUCCUCUUUCCCUCGUUGUGUGUGUGUGUGUGUGUGUGUGCACCUCCCCAGUUUGCCCAGCAGGAGGAGAAGCGUCAGAAGGCUGAGCGGCUGCACCAGCAGCAGAAGCAUGAGAGCCAGAUGAGGGACAUGAUUGGCCAGUGUGAAGGCAACAUCAGGGAGCUGCAGCAGCUACAGGUGACCACACCCCCACAGUACACCUCUGUCUCUGUCUCUGUCUCUGUCUCUCUCUCGCUCUGUCUCUCUCUCUCUCUCUCUCUCUCUCUCUCUCUCUCUCUCUCUCUCUGUCUCUGUCUCUGUCUCUGUCUGUGUCUCUCUGUCUCUGUCUGUGUCUCUCUGUCUCUGUCUCUCUCUCGCUUGUCUCUCUCUCUCUCUCUCUCUCUCUCUCUCUCUCUCUCUCUCUCUCACUGUCUCUCUCUCUCUCUCACUGUCUCACUGUCUGUCUCCAAUGCCUAAAGGGGGUGACAUAAAUAUACAAUGACAUGUAAAUCCACAAAUUCAGUGGGUUUGUAAAGAAAAUACAUUCCACAAGUAUUGCUUUAAUAUUAUUGUGUGUGUGCAUGCAGAAUGAGAAGUGCCACCUGCUGAUUGAGAACGAGACUCAGAGGCUCAAGUCUCUGGAUGAGCAGCACAACCACCAGCUCAAGGAGUGGCGGGAGCAGCUCAAGCCCAGGAAA